UGUCCCAGUCUGCUUCGGUCAAGGCCUUCUCUUGCACCAAAGUGCUUGCCAGCAGAAGAGUGACAGUGUUCUUCGGUGCUGCGGGUGCCAAAUCUUUGUCAGCAAGCACAUCAGCUAGCGUCGUGGAGUCAAGAUUGAUGAUACUGGCAGCAUCAAAAGCCUCGCCGUCAAAAGAAUCCGCUUUCUUUGAGCCAUCUUUAGAUAUAUCCUCGGGUCACCAAACAAACAUUGACUUGACGUCGCAUGAAGUUCCGCCAAAAUAAGCAAGCUUAAAUCCUAGUUCGAGCUCGCUUCAAGCAGAAACAUCAUUGCAAGAUUAUCCCUUGCCCACGUCACUUAUCUCUCCUGUGUGUUCAAAGAGAUACUAAUUCAUGAGAAGGCGAGAGUCGCUAUGCUGCGGAACCCUUGUACUGUCAGCUAUCUGGGCUCAGACACGCUAUGUCUACUUUCUAUUCGUUCGGUACUUGACUCUGACAUUCGUGUAUAGCAGGAUGGGCUCCAACAGAUCGCUGCAAGGACGCAAACCCGACGCACAGUUUGCAGCCACAUGCACGCAACGCUAUGAUGGCGCGACUCCGAUAAUGUAGGUGUACUCGAGGCCUUCUGAAUUGAAGCUCCCAUUCUCUAUUUCUCCACUCCUUGCUCAGCACCUCUUGUCCUUGUUAUGCUUUUUAUUUUUAUUUUUAAUCUAAUUUCUGUCCUUUGCAGAGAAGUACUCUAUGUGGGACAUUACAGUCUAGUCUAGGGG